AUGCCGUUCAACGGUGCCGCUCCCCCCGUGAGCGAGGUGUUCGACGAAAUGGCCGGAAGUGGUGGUUCGAACAAUGCAACAACCGAGUUCGUGAACUUGUUGGACACGAACGCGGUUGACAUUGAUCAAGCCCCUUUUGAACCAUUCGACUACAAUGAAACGGAGGACGGCGUGGAUGAUCAUGGUUGUGCGGACGAAUUGGAGGAGAUCGAAGCGGAAGCGUAUGAGCAAUCGCAAGCAAAAUCUGGGAAAAGCCAAAGAUCGAAGAACUACACGAUCUUGGAAGAUCAAGCUUUGAUUCAAGCAUGGAGUGUGGCGUCUCUUGAUGCAUGCACGGGUACUUCUCGAACCGCCAAGAGAUAUUGGCAAAGGAUCGAAGAUCAAUACUUCCGCAUUAUGGCAAAGCAUCCCAAUAGGACUCCACGCACAUUUCGGUUGCUUCAAGGGCGUUGGGAGAAUAUCAAGCCUAUGUGCAGCCGUUGGGCAGCUUGCUUGGAGAAAGUACGCAAUGCACCUCCAAGUGGCACCGUGGAGUCCGACUAUGACAAGAUUGCUCAACAUAGAUAUAAGGACAUGGAAGCUUCGGAAGGCGGAUUUUUCAAACUAGAGCAUUGUUGGGAGUUGCUCCAAAAGUGCGAGAAGUGGAAGUUGAUCGACAAAGAAUCCCCACCAAAGAGAGGCUCACUUACAAACAUGGAUGAAGAUGAGGAUGAUGAUGGCCUAAGAAAUUUGCACAAGCCCGAUGGCGACAAGAAGACUAAGGAGAAGAUCAAGAGAGAGCAAGAAGCAUCGAGCUUGAGGGAGAAGAUUGAUGCCAUGGUGCAAUCCAACGAGUCGAUGUUGUUGAAGUCGUUGGAGAUCAAGAAAGAAUUGGCCAAGAAGAAGGCGAAGGAGAAGCAAGAAAAGGGGCAAUUGCUCAAGGAAGAGGGGCUGCGCAAAGCUGCCAUCGAGGAGAGAAGAGCACGCGCUGCUGAAAACAAAUCCAUGUCCAUGUUGCUCACCGAAGAGAACAAGAUCAUGUCAAUGAACCGCAAUGACAUGGACGACCUCACCAAAACAUGGCAUGAUAUGGCAAGGAGAGAAAUCUUGAAGAGGAGAAUGGUCGCGUUGGCCGUGCGGGAGUUGGAACAAGCGCCGGAGGUGGAUUCGGUGGUGCCGAUGAACUUCAAGAUGGACUCGAUGGCGGAGUGA